AUGUCAAAGGCAUUCGCUGUGUUUGCCGUCUCUGCCGGCCUGCUGCUUGCGCCAGCUACGAGUGCCGCCGGCACCGUCCAAUGGGACAUCCAUAAGCACCACCCCAAGGCAAGGUUUGGCAGACGCGCAGCAGACACCCACGAGGGCGAAAUCACGAACGAAGUGACUAGAGGUGGCUACUUCGCGACCUGCACUCUGGGCACGCCGGGGCAGAACCUGACUUUGCAGCUGGACACGGGCAGCAGUGACAUUUGGGUGCCAUGGGACCAGGCAACUGUGUGCGAGGAGGAUAAGUGCAACUUUGGCAACUUUGACCCAAAUGCCUCCUCAACAUACACAGACGUUGGGAAGGGCAGUUUCGACAUCCAAUAUGUCGACGGUAGUUUCUCCAAAGGCGACUACUUCAUGGACGCUUUCCAGAUCGCGGGCGCCACUGUUUCUAACGUCACUAUGGGUCUCGGUUUGAACACGACCAUCGCAUACGGCCUCGUUGGAGUGGGCUACACGUUGAACGAAGCAAUAGUCGACACGGAAAACUCCCUCGAGGCCGCCUAUCCCAACCUGCCUGUUGUCAUGGUAAACGAGGGGCUCAUAGGCACCAAUGCCUACAGCUUGUGGCUCAAUGACCUCGACGCAAACAAGGGCAACAUCCUGUUCGGAGGCAUAGAUACCGAAAAGUACAUAGGCAACCUGACGAGGAUCGACAUUCUGGAGAACAACAAGACCAAGGUUUACGACUCUUUCCUGGUCCCACUCACGUCGUUGCUUGCUGUUAGCGCUAGCGGCACCGACGAGCUGACAUCAAGCGAGUUCCCAAUUGAGGCUGUCCUAGACUCGGGCACAACGCUCAGCUACCUGCCCAACGACAUAGCAGAGCAGAUAUGGACCGAAGUCGGCGCUACCUACACUCCGGAUGUCGGACUCGCGCUGCUACCGUGCCGAAUGCAGAACAGCCAAGGGCACUUCUCCUUUGGUUUCGCCGGGUCGGAUGGCCCCAGGAUCAACGUGUCGAUGGACGAGCUCGUUCUGGAUCUCGUCACCGCCGGUCCUCCACCAACCUUCGUCUCAGGACCGUUCGAGGGCGAGGACGCCUGCGAAUUCGGAAUCCAGAAUUCGAGCAAAACCCCGUUCCUGCUUGGGGACACCUUUCUGCGCAGUGCAUAUGUCGUUUACGAUCUGGUGAACAACGAGAUCGGCAUGGCGCAGACCGAUUUCAACGCAACCAACUCGAACAUUGUUGCGUUUGAGGGCAACGGCUCUACCAUCCCCUACGCCACCUUGGUUUCUAAUCAGAGCCUGGCCACCCCGACUUCCGCAGCGCCUUCCUUCGCGGCUGAGAGUGGCUUCGAGGCAGGGACGCAGAAAAAUGGGGCCGCGAUGCUGUCACCGCAUGGCCUGGGACACUCAUUGGUUGUGGGCUUUGCCGUGCUCGCGGCGGUAUUUCUUGCUGCAUAG